AUGGCCAGUCUGCGGAGAUUCAGCUCCGAGGGAUCCCUCCUGGAUCUUGAUUCCUUCCCAUGGAGGAAGACGGAACCAAAGAGAGCAGAGAAGGACAAGGGCCGAGAAUCUGCCACAUACUCACUUGCUGUUGCUCAAGUCCAGAUGGAUGGAGAGCAGCGUCCGAUCGUUCAGGAGCCAAGUACCAAGAGAGAACUUGUUAAGGAGGUCAGUGUCAGUGUGGAGGACCUGAGAGAGCUGGACAAAAAGAGCAAGAGCCAGCUGGACGUUUGUGGCUUCGGCGAAGGCUAUCGGGCCUACAGUGACGGCCAACUGGCCCCGGCUGCAAAGGGAAGCGCGGAGAGUGUGGAAAGAGAUGAGCUCGCUUCUCCGUCCGCUUCACUUUUCUCCCAGCCGCCAUUUUCGCCUAAAUCUCAGCAGCGGCACCAGCAUAAGGCCAAACUUUCUGCAGCUAAACUGCACCUGAAGAAUCUGUUUGGCCAGAGUCCCCAUUCCUCAAACUCCAACCUUUCAAACACAGAACCCAAAGACGGUGCCAAAGAGAGGAGGUCGCGCCUGCUCUUCAUGCGUCAGUGGAGCCAGGUGGGCCACAACAGGAGUCACGCAUUAAGUCGAGAAGAACUUGAAAAAUGGGGCGAGUCCCUGGACUACCUGCUGGCCAGUCCCACCGGCCUUUCGGUGUUCGGGGCAUUCCUACGUGCCGAGUUCAGUGAGGAGAAUCUUCAGUUCUAUCUGGCCUGCGAGCAGUACAAACAAUCGUCGCACAACUUCAGCUUGCAAAGGAGGGCAAAGGACAUCUGCGACACUUACAUCCGGCCCGGUUCGCCUCGGGAGGUGAACAUCGAUAGCAAGACCAGAGAUCUGACCAUCCGUCUGCUGCAGGCUCCCUCUCGCACGUCUCUGGCCCUCGCGCAGAAGCGCAUCUACUCGCUGCUGGACACGGACUGUUAUCACCGCUUCGUCCAGUCCAACAUCUACCUCUCUUUACUCCGGGAGGCCCACUAGCAGAAGCCCAGCCCAGCCCAGCCGAGGCAUUUUGAUUGCAGAUGGCCUCGGCCGCACCAAAAGGACUACUAGAGCAAGAAUAAUCAUGUCAUAAUAAAAACACAAGAAUAAUAAAUGAGAUAAAAGAC